GGCAAAGUCAUUGUUGAAGGAAGAGAAUGUCUUUUAACCUACGGUGAGCAGUUGGUGAGCUUGGUGUUCCCAUCUUUGCGUUAUUUCACUGAACUAGCUACAAAUUCUUUUGAUCAAUGAGGUUUCUUCAAACUGCAAAGUCAUCACUCUGAAGAGGCUCGAUGAAGAGCACAGAAGCAUUCCCUCAGGGCAAUGGAGCAAGAAACAAACGUAAAGCUUGGUAGACUCCUCACAAGUUCUUCCUGGUGUAAUAAAUGAGAGGUUUCUACUUUCGUUUCUGUCGUCAACAUACCAACAUCACCAGCAUAUAGCCAUGGAUAGCUCCGCCUCUUCCUCUUCCACCUGCACACCCGCACUUCCUGACAAUGCGAUUGACAGCUGCAAAUGUAAGAAGACUAUGAAGACCUUAAGUCGUUCUGUGAGUUUGGAUCCUUCCAUGCUGGCAGGUGGUUCAUCUUCUUCAAAGCAGUUCCGCAACCUCGUCGUGGGUUCCUCUUCUUUGGCUUUCAGCACCGUCCGAAGUCGCACAAGAAGUGACAAGAAGAAGGUACGCUUUGCAUGCCGUCCAAAGACCCGUAUCUAUUACAAGCAUGACAAUGUAGACGGCUGUCUUUGGUUCAACAAAGAUGACUUUCGCCAGAACAAAAAGACACUAGAAGAAGAAGGCCUGCAGUGGCAAGCCAAAGGCUACGAUAUCCUGCUCAAAGAUUCUUAUUCCAAUCCAAGCAGGGAACAGUUGGAUACAUUUGUCCAGUUGCCUGGUCAAGACUACAUGCGCGGAGCAGAGCCUUGGCUAUGCGAUUCACUCUACCAUCAACGGACGUUUGCCAGACAUCGUUCCGUUGAAGCCAUUAUCGACAAGGAAAUCCAGCUUCGACAAAUGGGGACCAAGACACCCGAAGAAAUUGCACAGGACCUUGCAAAUCUCUACGCCAAACUCACCAAGCCAUCACGAGACUUUGCCAAGCGCAUGGGAAUGGCAGAUGAACUUGGUGACAAGCUAGGAGAAAACCCCGAACUUCCAUUGUACAUUCUACCCAAAAAGGCCAACCCAAACGAUCCCAGCGCCCCAAAGGCUCGGCCUUCUCUGGCGGCCACCAAGAAGGCAAGAUCGUCGCCGAUGGGCUCCUCUUCAUUAGCCCGCUUGGUUUCGAGCAUGGCCACUGCCAUGGGUGCCUAGCCAUGCAUGCACCGGACAUUUCACUGAUGCACCCACACACACACUAUACCUUUCCACACUCCUUUCACCCAACCAAGAAGAUACAACACUACAUACAGUACUUUUCUUGCAGCCAGAGUCCCACAUCCCACAUCCCGGCUAUCAUAGAUCUGAUGUGCAACGAAACAAAACAAUAUAAAUCCGUUCAUACUAUAAUACAAUACAUGUCUAGCUAUUGAUGCAUUCACAAUGGUUUCGCUC